GUUGAGGACCUGAGGUAUGUAUCUGGUUACCUCACGCAGACCUUCUCUCAACAAAAACAUUCCCUUUAGCUCGCUUAUAGCCAACAUAUUGUGACCAGCGACUAUUGAUUUGUCGAAAUGCAUCAUGCGCUACUUGUUCCAGACAUCUUAGAUCACAUCUUCGCGUUCAUCAAGGCUGAUAGUCAGCAAAUCAGUCGCCGGACUUUCGCAGCACUCGCCAGAACCUGCAGCGCUCUCAGUGAUGCCUCGUUGGAUGCUCUCUGGAGUGAGCUACGUAGCCUCUACCCAUUGGUGUCGUGCAUCUACGAUACUAACAUGAAGUUGAACGACGAGGACACAUUAGAAACUAACACUGAUGCAGGACCCGAUUUAACUGUCUUUAACAAGUACGCAUAUCGCGUCCACAAAGUAGAGCUUUCUGGAUACGAAGGGGGCUGGAGGGCUACAGCUGUCCCUGAUGACCUGGGAGUGUUUCACGUUCUUCGAAUUCCCACACCACUCCUUCCCAAUCUCACCCACCUGGCUUGGACUGAUGAACUUAGUCUUGCUCUGCUCUGGCCUCUACUCAAUCCACGUUUAUUGUCUCUUCGCAUUUCAAGCUUUCAGUGGAACCCAAAAUCUACCCCAUUACUCCUGUCAAAAAUACGGGGACUCUGCCCAGAGCUGAAUACGUUGGGAUUGUUAUUCUAUUUGUCAGAAGGAUAUGAAGCUAUUGCUGAAAGCUUCUUAUCCCGCGUAAUCUGCUCAUGGAAGAAGCUUGAGGUGCUGGACUACAGCCCUGUGGGUUGCGAAUGCAUCCUCAACCUUUCUGCAUUAUCAUGUCUCAGAAUUCUUCGAUUGCGCGUCGACAACAUAUCUGAUCUCAAUCUGCCCACAAAUUCGCUCUCAUUUCCAUCGUUGCACACACUCCAAUUUCAAGCCAACAGCCUAGCGACUGCUAAUUCCAUCCUUCAAGCGAUGAGGACCUUGCCCAAAUCUAUAGAUAUCUUCCUUCCGGUGUAUCGAUCGGGUGAUGUUGGUGUGGACACGGUCGAGCCCAUUCUGCAACCCAUCAGCCAAAACGUGUCUUGUGGCAACCUUGAAGAAUUUCGCCUGAACGUUCCCGCCUUUCUGAGCAGUGGUGCCCUCAACGGCUCUAACGUGCUCCGACCCCUUUUCCUAUGCUGCAACCUCCGUGUAUUGCGUAUAAUGAUGACGCCGCUGUUCUUACUCGUUGAUGAUGAUCUGCGUGCCAUGGCUUCUGCUUGGCCACUAUUGGAGGAGCUUGAGUUAUUUGACUGUCGCAAUCUGUACCCGCCAGUUCCUCCCCAGCCCUUGCCUAUCAUGGACCUCCCCGGCGACGAUGACGACGAUGACAAUGAUCUUCCACCUGUGCCACCACUGCCUGUUGGACUCCCACCUGUACAACCCCUGCCUGUCGGGCUCCCACCUAUACCACCCUUUGGUAUAAUGGGUCCAAUGAUGUCAUUGCACCUAGAUGCAACGGCAUCGUUUCAAGAUUUCAACAUGGUUCGUAGCACUCGGACUCCCGAGAUCACCUUUCACGGUCUCAUUUCGCUUCUGGAGUUGUGCCCCAAUCUUCGCUUCUUUAACCUGGCUAUCGACGCUACCAAGCUAGAUGGAUUGCGAAAUGAUAAACCAGGCGGUGGUGUUUGCAAUCGACUGGUCAAAUAUCCCAGACUUGUUGAUUCUCACAUCAGCGACCCAGAAGCAGUUGCUCGCAUCCUCCUUGACAUACUUCCUGAACUUGAGACUAUUUGGGGGGAGGGUUCUCCUGGUCCAUUUACAGCCAUGUUCAGCUCAACACUGCCUCAAGGAUGGGACGAAGUUCAUAGAAAAAUGCUAGAUUCUAAAGCAGCACAGAGAUUGUGAUGAGUAGCCGCCCUCAUUAUUUCACCAUAUUAGCCUCUGAGUCAUUUUUUGAAUGACUGUAUGUACUUCUUGACUCAUCACAUGUAGGCACCUCAGAUAACGAGCCAACCGUCCACGGGUACGGUGGCCAACUUCUACACCAGUGGAGGGUUCUGUUUCUUGAGUACAAAUGACGUUCCAUUUACAUAAAAUUGGAGAUCUGGAU